GUGAGUCCUGCCUCAGCCCCCCCUUGCCUGCAGUGCACUGCGGAGGGAUUCCGGCUCCAACACUGCCCCGGGGGUGAUGCCAUGCUGCUUGAACCAACCUACAGGCAUCUCUAGCCUGAUCGAUCAUGUCAUGCCCACAAAGGGACGUUGUUACGUGUGUGUCGGUGCCUGCACUGCUUAUGCUUGCCCCAUUUUAGCGUCGCUGCGGUCACUGUACACCCACGUCUCGUCAUUGGCCUUAAGGUGGUGGAUCUGCACACACACACACACACACACGCACACUCACAGGCAAUUCGGCCGUGUGUCCUUUUGCAUCCGUUUACGGUCUUCCCUCCUCCCUCUGCAUACAAACGUACAUCAGUGAGCACUCCCGCGGUAUCGAAGAAGCCAGCGUCGAGGUCGAGGGGCGUGUCCUUCAUCCUGCAACCCAACCAGUGCAAAACAAAGAAAAACGACGUGUGGCGCGCCGCGCCCACGAAUGGUCCGAUGUGUUGACGCACACCCACCAGAAGACGCCCCGUCUUGGCCGGCUGUAGACGAACAGCAUACCCGUAUUUUCGCCCAGACUCUGCCGCCCCAUCAAUCCCUCCUGAUGCUCCCCAUCACUGACGGCGAUCUGCCGAAGGGGAAAAGUAAUGUCAUGCCACUCUGUCGUGUGAUGCGUACAGACCUGGAGAAUGUCAUCCAUAUCUCUCUCCAUUGCAAUCACUGACCUGCACAUGGAUUGCGGCGCCUGAGAGGACAAGAGGGAAACGGCUGGCGAAGGUGGCCGGCUGCCGGUGCACCCGAGCAGACGACAGCGCCCUGGUGUGGCACAGAAAGACCCAGAGGAGGGAAAAGAGACCGCCAAACCUCAUCUGAUGGAUCGUCAU